AUGGCAUCUCCCUCAGCCAUGGCCUCCAGUGUGGGCAGCCUCGAGAGCCUGGACCUGCUGGAUCUCCUCUUCGACGUCCAGGACGGGAUCCUGCGCGAGGUGGAGCUGGGGACGCCGCCGGGAGCCUGGCCCCAGGACAGGCGUGCCCCGGACAGCAGCGACUUCCUGAGCUCUGUCCUGGGCUCCGGGGACUCGGUGUCGGACUCGCCCAGCUGGUCCCCAGCCACCAGUGACAGCGGGGUGUCUGAGGACCCCCCCUCUGACCAGCACGACAGCCCCCGCCGGAGCUGUGACGGGGGUCCCCGAGAGGUCCUGUACCCCUACACCGACCCCUGCCAGCCCCAGCCCCUCCCGGCAGGGUCGGGGGUCCUGCAGCCCGAGGUCUCCAUCGACCUGGACAUGUGGCACCCUGGGUUCUUCCUGGAGGAGAGCCAGGACCUGCCCCUGGUCCCCCCGCCUGCAUCCUGUGCCCUCACCGUCAAGGACCUGCUGCUCUCAGGCAGCUCUGACAAUCAGCCACAGGCUCCUGGCUCCCUGCUCCGACCGAGCCAGGGCCACUUCCAGGAGCUGGUGCUGACAGAGGACGAGAAGAAGCUGCUGUUGAAGGAGGGGGUGACCCUGCCCACGCAGCUGCCCCUCACCAAGUAUGAGGAGCGGGUGCUGAAGAAGAUCCGGAGGAAGAUCCGGAACAAGCAGUCGGCUCAGGAGAGCCGCAAGAAGAAGAAGGAAUACAUCGAUGGGCUGGAGAGCAGGAUGUCGGCGUGCACGGCUCAGAACCAGGAGCUGCAGAGGAAGGUCCUGCACCUGGAGAAGCAGAACUCAUCCCUCCUGGAGCAGCUGAAGAAGCUCCAGGCCAUGGUGGUUCAGUCGAGCAACAAGGCAGCACAGACAGGGACCUGCCUGGCGGUCCUGCUGCUCUCCUUCACCCUCAUUGUCUUCCCCUCCAUCAGCCCCUUCGCCCCCAGCAAGGCCGAGGCAAACGGUGACUUCAGGCCCGUGCGAGUUUUCUCCAGGUCCCUGCACAACGCCGCCGCCUCCCGCGUGGUUCACACCCAGCCUCAGGCCAGCGAUGAGAAGCCCCCGGAGCCGCUGUGGUCGGAGCCCCUGCACGAGACCCCCGAGACCCUGCACGAGGCUUUCCAGGGCACGUCCCCAGCACUCCCUGCCAAAGGCUCCCUCCAGAACCACACACGGGCAUCGGGCACCGAGGGGCUGAGCCAUGAGCACGGGGAGCACGCCGAGGCUGUGCCAGGGGAUGGCUCCGUGCCACACCCGGGGCUGGCAUCCCUGGCGUGGUCUGAGCCCGGGCACGGCCGGCCUGCGGUGCUGGAGCCGGCAGAGGAGCUUUAG